UUGUCAGCGCUGCUACUAAACUGAAUAUUUAUAGUUGUUGAAUUAAUAAUUUGCAAUAUGCCAUAAUGUAUCCACUUAGUUCUCAACGACGUUCCUGGACAUUUGCCAACGAGGACCAGCUGCAAGCAUUCCGUGUAGAGCAAAACACCAAGUAUAUCGAGGAACAUGCUGCCGAGGCGCCACCAUCAGGCAAUCUCAACGAUUUCUUUCUGACGCCGGCUGAAGAGCGUCUGUUGCUGAAACAAUAUGAAAUUUAUUUGGUUGACUUUUGCCGGCGAUUCGAUCCGCCAAUGCCGAAAUGUGUGAUUGGAACAGCGUUUCAUUACUUUAAACGCUUCUACCUGAACAACACUCCCAUGGACUAUCAUCCCAAGGAGAUAUUGGCCACAUGCGUGUUUGUUGCCUGCAAGGUGGAGGAAUUUAAUGUGUCUAUCAAUCAGUUUGUCAACAAUAUUAAGGGGGAUCGCAACAAGGCCACCGACAUUGUGCUCUCCAACGAAUUGCUUUUAAUUGGCCAACUGAACUACUACCUCACCAUACACAAUCCGUUCCGACCCAUCGAGGGUUUCAUAAUAGAUAUAAAGACUCGCAGUAAUAUGCAAAAUCCAGAUCGUUUGCGUCCUCAUAUUGAUAGCUUCAUAGAUUCCACAUUCUUCACAGACGCCUGCAUGAUGCAUACACCUUCCCAGAUUGGCCUGGCUGCGGUGCUGCAUGCAGCCAGCAAGGAACAGGAGAAUCUUGAUAGUUAUGUGACCGAUUUACUCUUUGUGUCCGCGCCCGAGAAGCUGCGAGGUCUCAUUGAAGCUGUGCGCAAAAUACGUAUGCUGGUUAAAAACUAUCAACCGCCUGAUCGGGAGAAGGUUAAGGCCAUUGAGAAGAAGUUAGACAAGUGCCGCAAUCAAAAUAAUAACCCUGACAGCGAACUGUACAAGGAACGCUUGCGACGAUUAUAUACUGAUGAGGAUGACAUGCCUGCCGAUGAUGCCUCCUUUCACAUAGCCGAUGUUAGCUCAGAUACUUCUGCCAUGAAUAUCAGUCAAUAAAUUUGCCUCAUUUUUGAAAAAAAUAAAAAAAACUAAAUACAAAUCCAAAAA